UGGCGCCGUCCCUCCGUGUGGAUAUAUCUACCGCAUGAGCGAAGAGGAACUCGAGGUGCUUCGCGCACAACUCGAUGACCUUCUCGACAAGGGCUGGAUUCUCCCUAGUUGCUCGCCAUACGGUGCACCUGUUCUCUUCGUACGGAAGAAGAACAAAGAUCUACGGUUAUGCAUCAACUAUCGAAAACUUAACGCACAAACCGUAAAGAACGCCGGCCCUCUCCCUCGGAUUGAUGAUCUCCUUGAGCGGUUAGGCGGCGCGACGUACUUCUCGAAGUUGGACUUGAAGUCGGGCUACCACCAGAUUGAAAUCCAGCCCCAAGAUCGGUACAAGACCGCGUUCAAGACGCGGUACGGACAUUUUGAGUGGGUUGUCAUGCCCUUUGGCCUCACCAAUGCCCCUGCAACUUUUCAAGCAGCUAUGACGACUGAGUUUCGCGACUUGCUCGAUCGCAACGUCCUCAUCUACCUCGAUGACAUCUUGGUCUAUAGCAGGAUGUUGGAUGAGCACAUCACACACCUUCGCGCUGUUUUGAAUCGUUUGCGACUGACCAAGUACAAAGCAAACCACGACAAGUGCGAGUUCGCCAAGCAAGAGCUUGAGUAUUUGGGCCACUAUGUUACGCCGAAAGGCAUUCGUCCCUUAGCGGACAAGAUCCAAGCCAUCGUGGAUUGGCCGGAACCCCGUUGCACGACGGAUGUCCGCUCUUUCAUGGGUUUGGCUGGAUAUUAUCAGCGAUUCGUCGAGUCAUACUCGAAAGUGGCCGCUCCUUUGUCGAGACUUCAGUCCCCGAAGGUGCCCUUCGAGUUCGACGACRCAGCCCGURGCKCGUUCASUACGUUGAAGGCAGCGAUGCAAGCCGCACCUGCCCUCCRUAUAUAYGACCCCACCCUACCCACCCAAGUGACUAYGGACGCUUCGGGAUACGGUAUUGGUGCGGUGUUGGAACAGUGUCACGAGGACGGUUGGCAUCCGAUUGAGUAUUUCUCCCAAAAGGUGCCUCUCGUCAACACUCUCGACGAUGCUAGGAAGAAAGAGCUACUCGCAUUCAUCACCGUUCUCAAACGGUGGCGCCACUUUCUUCUCGGCCGUCGGCGUUUUAAAUGGAAUACGGACAACAAUCCGUUGACCUUUUACAAAACGCAGGACAUGGUCACUAGCACGAUCGGUCGAUGGAUGUAUUACAUCGACCAGUUUGAUUUUGACCCGUGCCACAUUCCUGGUCCCGCCAAUCGAGCUGCAGAUGCCCUCUCACGACGGCCCGACUUUUGUGCCAUUGUGACCGCGACAUUCGACCUCGAUGAAGAUCUGCAGCCGCAUUUCGUCAAAGGCUACAAGUCCGAUCCGACUUACUCUACGCAUUAUGCAGAGCUUUCAUCGGAUCAUCCGCCGGCUAGCCACUAUCGGAUUUCCGACGGGUUCCUUCUCCUUCACACGAGAGGAAAGGACUUGUUAGUUGUGCCCCAAGAUCGCAUCUUACAGACUCGUCUUCUCGGCGAAUUCCACGACGCACGACUUUCGACACACCUUGGCGUGAACCGCACAUUAGCACGCCUCCGCCAGCGUUUUCACUGGCCCGACGUCCUUCAUGAYGUCACGAGGUACAUUGAGUCAUGUGCUGUUUGCCACCGUAACAAGGGUCCAUCUCGAGUCCCCUUCGGCGAACUGAAACCRUUGCCGAUUCCUCGGGCACCGCGCCUCUCCAUUGCUAUGGACGUAACAGGCCCGUUCCGCCGUGAUUGCCAUGGCCAUGACGGUAUUCUCACGGUUGUUGACCGUUUGAGCAAGUACGCUCGCUUUCUUCCUUGCAAGUGUCAUGCUGCAGCGCCGGAGCUCGCACGACUCUUGCACACCGGCUGGAUUACCAACCAGGGUGUUCCGGAAGACAUAGUGAGCGACCGAGAUACUCGCUUCAUGUCGGCCUUUUGGACUUCCCUCAUCGCUGAGUCCGGUACGACAAUGAAGUCGAGCUCGGCUCGGCACCUGCAGACGGAUGGCUAGACGGAGCGAGCGCACCAGACCGCUCAGAUGAUGUUGCGUACGCUCAUCCGUCCCGAC